CACGUUGUGUGAAAUCCGUGCGUCCUCCCCGUCACCACCGACGCCACGCCGACCUCGUGACUGCCAAGACGUCUGCCCAAUAGUAGCUCGAAUUCUACGUCAUUCAGUCUUUCAAAGUCCAGUCAAAAACGGGUGGGCGGGAUUUCCGUGGGCCUGGUAUUCACGUUUGGUUGUAAAGCUUUUUCCCCGCGUGUGAGCUGACACACUGCUACGCCGAGGACAACGUGUAUCCACCCUACCACACCUCUUCUUCAAGCAAACUCCUCGACUCUUUUGGAUGCUAUUUGAAACUUGAAAUUGUUCUUCAGCCUUUUAAACGGAAUGAAUUUUGAAAACACAUAAGUUGGAGAGCUUCUAGUAAAAAGUGUGUUGAAAUAGCCCACUGGUGGAGUUUGUCAGCGUUUGAGGACGUCGCAUUAGGCGUUUCUGGAAGGGAAAUUAACUUAAAGCUGCAAUGGAUCAAGCCAGCGGUGGGGAGGAUCCAAAUAAGCCCUCUAAAAAGAAAUCCAGCGAGGAUGAGGGUAAAAACAAAAAGCUGAACAUACACAUAAAAACAUUGGCUGAUGAUAUGCGUGAUCGUAUCACCAGUUUUAGGAAAACGGGGACGAAGAAGGAGAAGCUCCUGAUACAGCACCCAACAGAUCCCCUGUCCACCCAAACUGAACUUCCUGUUCCUCAGCCCCUUUUUGAUGAGCGGUCCAUGAACCUCUCAGAAAAAGAAAUCAUUGACCUCUUUGAGAAGAUGAUGGAGGACAUGAACCUGAAUGAGGAUCGCAAAGCGCCUCUGCGAGAAAAGGACUUGAGCACCAAACGCGAGAUGGUGGUCCAGUACAUCUCAGCCACGGCCAAAUCUAUAACUGGGAGCAAAGUCGCGGGUGGACUGAGGAACAGUAAGCAUGAGUGUACCCUUUCUUCCCAAGAAUACGUCCAUGAACUGCGUUCUGGCAUCACAGAAGAAAAGCUGCUCAAUUGCCUGGAAUCCCUCCGAGUGUCUCUCACUAGCAACCCUGUCAGUUGGGUUAAUAACUUUGGCCAUGAGGGUCUCGGGCUUCUUCUGGAGGCACUGGAGAAGCUGCUGGACAAGAAACAGCAAGAGCCCAUUGAUAAACGCAACCAGCAUAAACUUAUCCAGUGUUUGAAGGCUUUCAUGAACAAUAAGUAUGGACUGCAAAGGAUCUUGGGAGAUGAGCGGAGUUUGUCGUUGUUGGCUCGAGCGAUUGACCCUAAACAGACCAGCAUGAUGACAGAGAUUGUCAAAAUCCUCUCCGCUUGCUGCAUCAUCGGAGAGGAAAACAUCUUGGAUAAGAUUCUGGCUGCUAUGACAAUUGCUGCAGAAAGGAACAAUAAAGAGAGAUUUGCUCCAAUUGUGGAAGGACUGGAGAACCAUGAGGCCCAGCAGCUCCAGGUUGCCUGCAUGCAGCUGAUCAAUGCCCUGGUCACCUCCCCUGACGACCUGGACUUCAGGAUACAUUUGCGCAACGAGUUUUUAAGAUGCGGUCUAAAGAAGAUCCUUCCUGAGCUAAAAGAGACAGAAGAGCUGGACAUCCAGCUGAGGGUGUUCAAUGAGAACAAGGAGGAGGACUCGAUCGAACUCUCACAUCGCCUGGAUGACAUCCGCGCGGAGAUGGAUGAUAUGAAUGAGGUGUACCAUCUCCUGUCCAACAUGGUGAGAGACACUGCCUCAGAGACCUACUUCCUGUCAAUCCUUCAGCACCUAUUGCUCAUCAGAAAUGACUAUUACAUCAGGCCUCAGUACUACAAGGUGAUAGAGGAGUGUGUGUCUCAGGUGGUCCUCCAUCGCAGCGGGAUGGACCCAGAGUUUGUCUAUAAUAAAAGAUUGGACGUGGACUUCACCCACAUGAUUGAUCAGCUUGUGGAUAAAGCCAAAGUUGAAGAGAGUGAGCAGAAGGCAACAGAGUUCUCCAAAAAGUUUGAUGAAGAGUUCAGUGCGCGGCAGGAGGCCCAAGCCGAGUCUCAAAAGAAGGAAGAAAAAAUCAAAGAGUUGGAGGGGAAGAUCCAAGCCCUGGAGUCCCAGUUAACUAUUGAAAAUGACAAGCUCAAAGAGGCUCAGAGACUCAUCCGGGAAUCUGAAGCCAAGAUUGCUACAGGCCUUACUGCAACUGGAGCACCACCUCCACCACUUCCAGGAGGUGCUGGAGUUCCACCACCACCUCCACCUCCUCCUCCCCCACCUGAUGCUAAAGAUGCCACUCAAGGGCAUGUGUGUGGCCGCACGCGGCAAAAACACUCACAAACUCCAUCUCCAAUAGUGCCUCAGGAAAUGGCAGAGAAUUGCUUCUGGAUCAAAGUCAAAGAAGAGAAGUUUGAGAAUCCUGACCUAUUUGCUCAGCUUUCCCUCUGCUUCUCCUCACAGAGCAAAGCAAGAAAAGACCUGAAGGAUGAAAAUGAAGAAAAAGUGCCACAAUUUAAGAAAAAGGCAAAAGAGCUUCGUAUCUUGGAUGCCAAGACUGCACAGAAUCUUUCAAUUUUCUUGGGCUCGUUCCGCCUGCCUUAUGAAGAGAUCCGGGACAUUGUGCUCCAGGUAGACGAGGAGAGACUGAGUGAAUCACUCAUCCAGAACCUGAUAAAGAACCUGCCAGAGCAGAAAGAGCUGAAUGCGCUUGCAGAACUAAAGGGUGAAUAUGAGGAGCUUGUGGAGUCAGAGCAGUUUGGCAUUGUGAUGAGUUCAGUAAAACUCCUACGGCCACGUCUCAACGGCAUUCUGUUCAAGCUGACGUUUGAGGAGCAGGUGAAUAACAUCCGACCCGACAUCAUGAAUGUGACAUUUGCUUGUGAGGAGGUGAAGAAGAGUGAAGGUUUGAGCAAACUCCUGGAGUUGGUUUUGCUGGUUGGCAAUUACAUGAAUGCCGGCUCAAGAAACGCCCAAACCUUCGGUUUCAACGUCAGCUUCCUUUGCAAGCUCCGAGACACUAAAUCUGUCAGUCAGAAUACAACACUUCUUCAUUUCCUGGCUGAGAAGUGUGAAGAGAGCUACUCUGAAAUUUUGAGGUUUCCAGAUGAACUGGAGCACGUGGAAAACGCUAGCAAAGUGUCUGCCGAGAUCUUAAAAAGCAGUUUGACCAACAUGGAACGGCACAUUCAGAGGCUUGAGAAUGACAUCGAAAACUUCCCCAAAACAGCUGAUGGACAAGAUAAGUUUGUGGAAAAGAUGUCUGGCUUCAGCAAGAGUUCCAGGGAGCAGUAUGAAAAAUUGUCCACCAUGCACAAGAACAUGCAGAAGCUGUAUGAAAGUAUAGGCAGUUAUUUUGCCUUUGACCCCCACUCGGUCAGUGUGGAAGAAUUCUUCGGAGAACUGGCCAACUUCCGCAUGCUCUUCAUGGAAGCAGUGAAGGAGAACCACAAGAAAAGGGAGAUGGAGGAGAAGAUCAAGAGAGCCAAGCUGGCGAAGGAGAAGGCAGAGCGUGAGAAGCAGGAGCGCCAGCAGAAGAAGAAGCAGCUGAUUGACAUGAACAAAGAGGGAGACGAAACCGGCGUGAUGGAUUCCCUGAUGGAGGCUCUGCAGUCAGGGGCCGCCUUCCGUGAUCGGCGAAAACGGACGCCACGCAACGGUGAUCAAAGCCCUACCAGUCCAGCCCCGUGGUGGUCGGGUGCUAAUUAUGGUAACAGAACUCUAGGGAAAGAUGUCGCCUCUGGGAGAAGCAGACAACCGUCGUGCAGUCCUGGAAAGAUCUCGCUCACGGCACAAUGCAAAUCACCAAGCUCGAUGAUCACCCGCGCCUACUAUAAGACGCUAGAUAAGUGCCAAAGAGGGCUGCGAGGAGGAGACCUAGAAGACAUCUGAAGGAGGGACAGACCCGCCCUGACUGUGGCACAUACACAGCACCAAGUACAGAACAAACAAGCCUAAAGAAACGACACAGAACUGAAGUAAUUUCAUUUCAUCCAGUUCAUCAGACGUUUUACAUAUUUAUUCAAGAAUUGUUCAUCACUUUAAAUGUUUGUGUCCUCUCUCGCUGGUUUGAUAUUAAAAACAAUACAUUUUAAGGUUACUGCAGAGAAAUGAAAUGUUUUGAUUGUUUGAAAAUCCAUUUUCAUUCUUGCAAGUCUAAGCCUUCGACUUUAAUCCUUCUGUAAUCAAAAUACUUCACACUCAGAUUUGACGUGAAACACGUAUCGAACAUUGCAGCGUACUGAAGAAAGAACUAAUGCCAAGAAGGACUGCAGAGUAGUUCAUUCCCGUGAACGUACCACACACCCUUUAUUUUGCAAACAAGCAGCGGGGCAGCUGUUCUCUAAAUGGAAAACAGGGAUUUAACACCCGUGUUGGCAAGCCUUCAACCUGCUGAUGUUUUCUCGAGCAGCUCCCCGAGCUCUUAUCAAAGAGGGAGUAGUUGUUUAAAAUUUCUUACUGCCAGUACCUCCUCCAACCAACAUCGAGACAGUUCUCACAACAGCCAGUCGUCUCCGUAAAUCAGCUCGUUGCAUAAACCACAAAGCCACGAGAGCUGGCCUCCGUCUGCACCGAUAUUUCAGAGCUCGUGACUCAUGGAUUUUGAAACUGUAAUCUCCAUUUUGACAAGAUGCAUUUUAUUUUUAGUUGUGUAAUAUCUAACAUUGCCUUUGGGUGCUGAUCUGUCCCAAGGUCGCGUUUGCUUCUAACAUGAGAGACUGACACAUUUUUAAAUGCAUCGAACUGCCUGGAGGAGCUGACAUGAACUUUUUGACCUUUCCUGUGAUCAGGUGUUCAGCAAGGAACACGUGCGACAACGUUACCAUCAUUUUAUUAUUAAUCUGUUUGAAGUACAAUAAAGGCCAAAAAU